AGUUUUACAAGAUUCCUCGGGAUUUUUCAUCUCUUGGUCAUUCAAAGGCUGAGAGUGCAUCAUCUUAACCUUUGACAAAACGCCAGGUAGUGCGAGAGAAAUAACACUUCGAGCGAUAUGUGUUCGAACGAUUCCUUUCAAUUUUGCAUGGGAAACGAGCCAAAUCUUCUUCCUUUGGAAUUUGAAGUAGGUUGAUCAUUAUAACAAAUCUUCAUUCUGUAACAGGAUGGGACCGGCCAAUACCCAUUAUAACAAGAUUUUGGAUAAUAUCAAAUCUUCCUUUUCCUCUCAAUUUUACGAAAGGUGGAGGGAGCAAGCAUGGUGGAUUGCUGAGUGUGUAUCUGACUCACCAACAAGGCUUUGAUUAAUGGAGAAAAAGGAGCAUUUUGGCCCUUCCAGAAGUAGGUUAACCAAAUAAGUUGACUACUAGUAUUUAUCUGCUCCAGUUUUUCAACAUAUUCUCCAUAGUGGGUUGGCAAGUACACAGCCAAUAAACUCGUCUACUUGCUUGCAUAUAAAGAUGCACAAUUCACUUUAUAAAUACAGACGAUUCUUUGCCAUUACUCAGUACUUGUCUGCAUAGAGAGCUUCCUGCUUCCCAAUGGCUAGUACUGUUCUUCCCAUCUUGGCUUCCCCUUUCAUCAUUUUCUACCUCCUCUCUUCCUUUUCCACCAUUUUGGUCACUGCAGAAGAUCAGGGCUAUGCAAAAAGCCUAGACCCGAAACUACUUAGGCUCGAGAAACAACAGCUUACCCACUUUCAUUUCUACUGGCAUGAUAUCGUCAGUGGCAGCAAUCCCACAGCUGUUCUAGUUGUGCCUGCACCCUCCAACACUUCAACAGCCUUUGGUUUAGUGAGGAUGUUUGAUGAUCCAUUAACCGUGGGAACAAACAUGAGCUCAGGAUUGAUUGGAAGAGCACAAGGGUUUUAUGCCUCUGCUUCACAAAAAGACCUUGAACUAUUAAUGGUUAUGAACUUUGCUUUCACUGAUGGAAAGUACAAUGGUAGCAGCAUCACCAUCCAAGGAAGGAACCCGGUGUUCAACAAGGUGAGGGAGUUGCCAGUCAUCGGAGGCAGUGGACUUUUCCGGUUUGCUAGUGGUUAUGCUGAGAUCAGGACUCAUACAUUUGAUAUCAACUCAAGAGAUGCAGUAGUUGAGUACAAUGUCUCUGUGUUGCAUUAUUGAUGUUCUAAGACCGUUUGUGGUGGGCUAUGUUGUUGGGGUGAUAUCUUUCGUGUACGUUGGUCACUUUUGACUACUUUUAAGCCAAGCUGGGCUGGUUUGCCUUGUAUCUACAGACUGCUUAAAAUAAAACAAAUGGGUUACAAAGACUUUUACAUUACUAUUAAUAACACAGAAUAAAUUGCUAAUUUGUUUGGUGGUUUCCACCAUCCUUCCACUAAAUAAUAUCAUUGACCCAAUGGCUCCUAUACCUGUGAUUGGUUCUCAAGAAAAUGAAUUGUAGCUCUGGCCGCCCACCUACCAACUCAUAUUCAUAUCAGCGGAUGCCAAGAAUGUGUGACACCGACAUGGGAAUUAUUACAUGACCAAUCAAAUGAUUCAGUAAAAAUUGAACUUUGGGGUACUUUGAGGAAUAAUUAGCAAGCACCCCAUAUAUCGUUGGAAAGCCCUACAUCUCUUGCGUGUUUCCAAUGCACUAAUUGCAUCAAACGUUGGAAAAAUUACAAGUAAUUUUGAAUUUAUCUUCCAUUUAAUUA